CACAGGAUGCCUGAGGGCCCUGAGCUGCACUUGGCCAGCCUCUUUGUGAAUGAGACAUGCAAGGGCCUGGUGUUUGGUGGGUGUGUGGAGAAGUCAUCUGUCAGCAAAAACCCUGAGGUGCCUUUUGAGAGCAGUGCUUAUAGUAUCUCAGCCACAGCCCGUGGCAAGGAGCUACGCCUGACCCUGAGCCCCCUGCCCGGGGGCCACCCCCCACAGGAGCCACUGGCCCUUAUCUUCCGCUUUGGCAUGACUGGCUCCUUCCAGCUGACGCCUGGGGAUGCGCUGCCACCCCAUGCCCAUCUGCGUUUCUACACGGCUCCACCCAAACCCAGGCUUGCCCUCUGCUUUGUGGACAUCCGCCGCUUCGGCCGUUGGGACCUCGGAGGCGAGUGGCAGCUGGGCCGUGGGCCCUGUGUUUUGGUGGAGUAUGAGCAGUUCAGGGAGAAUGUGCUGCGAAACCUAGCAGACAAGGCCUUUGACCAGCCCAUCUGUGAGGCCCUCCUGGACCAGAGGUUCUUCAAUGGCAUUGGCAACUAUCUGCGGGCAGAGAUCCUGCACCGGCUGAGGAUCCCCCCUUUUGAGAAGGCCCGCACGGUGUUGGAGGCCCUGCAGCAGCGCAGGCUGAGCCCUGACCUGACCCUGAGCCAGAAGAUCAAGGCCAAGCUGCAAAACCCAGACCUACUGGAGCUGUGCCACUUGGUGCCCAAGGAAGUAGUCCAGCUGGGGGGCAAAGGGUACGGGCUGGAGAGUGGGGAGGAGGACUUUGCUGCCUUUCGAGCCUGGCUGCGGUGCUAUGGUGUUUCGGGCAUGAGCUCCCUGAGGGACCGGCAUGGCCGUACCAUCUGGUUCCAGGGGGAUCCUGGACCCUUGGCACCCAAAGGGGGCAAGUCCCGGAAGAAGAAAUUCAAGGAAACACAGCCAGGCCAAGAGGACAGAAAGGAGGACCCUCCACCUCCAAGCAAGACCCCUUCCCGGGCACGAAGAGCACAGAGGAACCUUUCCAAGCAGCCCACAGCCCAGAAGCCUGAGCAGCCCAGCCUCCAACAGAACCCAGAAGCCCCCACAGUCCCUAAGAAAGAGAAAAAGAGGCGACCAGCAGCCUCAGGCCAGCAGAGACCCCAGAAGAACAGAACUGACACCCUACCCUUAGAACCAGAGGGAACCUCAGCCUCUUAG